AAAAAAAAAGAAGAAGAAGAGAAAAGCCAAAAAUAGAGAGAGAGAGAGAGAGAGGCAGAGAAACAAAAUCUUGAAAUUGUUGAUCUUGCCUUCGAAAUCGGAGAAGCCUAUAAACGCUCUCACCAAACAAACGAAUCCAUCAGAAGAAAGAAGAAGAUUGUGUUGGAUCUGAGAGAGAAGAAGCAAUAAUAAAAAAAAAAAGAAAUGAAGCAUCUUGAUGAUAUCCCAUCGACGCCAGGCAAGUUCAAGCCCUACUUCCACCGUACGCGGUGGCAAUCUUCGGUGGCCAAGCUCGCCUUUUGGUCUCUCGUCUUCGUCGGUUUGAUCUUCAUCUUCUUCUACCGAUCUCCCCUUGUUUCCGAUGACCCUACUUCUACUUCUCGCCGUUCCCUCCGCACCUACUCCUGGGGUGGCCCCGCUUGGGAGAAACGCGUCCGAUCCUCCGCCCGUCUCCGCUCCCGCCGCGGUUUCUCUGUUCUCGUCACCGGCGCCGCCGGUUUCGUCGGUACCCAUGUCUCCUCCGCUCUCAAACGCCGCGGUGACGGCGUCCUCGGUCUCGACAACUUCAACGAUUACUACGAUCCCUCCCUCAAGCGUGCAAGGCAAGCCCUUUUGGAGAGGAGCGGUGUCUUCGUUGUCGAAGGUGACAUCAACGACGCUGCUCUCUUGAAGAAGCUCUUCGAAGUCGUCCCCUUUACCCACGUUAUGCAUCUGGCCGCUCAAGCUGGUGUCAGGUACGCCAUGGAAAACCCUAGCUCCUAUGUCCACAGUAACAUCGCCGGCUUCGUCAAUCUCCUUGAGGUUUGCAAAUCCGCUAACCCCCAGCCCGCCAUUGUCUGGGCUUCCUCUAGCUCUGUCUACGGCUUGAACACUAAGGUCCCCUUCUCCGAGAAAGACCGCACCGAUCAGCCUGCUAGUCUCUAUGCUGCUACUAAGAAAGCUGGUGAAGAGAUUGCUCACACUUACAACCAC